CCCGCAUUCCCACCCUCCAGAUCCCGCACCCCGCGAAACAAGCCACCUAUCUCACCAAUCCGAGCGCGCGCCAUUGCUCUCCUCUCCUAGCUAGCUCCGUCCGUCGGCAUCGUCAUGGCCGCCGCUUCUUCCAGGAGGAGGGCCGGGGAGAAGAAGGACCUCUUCCACGUCGUCCACAAGGUGCCCGCCGGCGACAGCCCCUACGUCCGGGCCAAGCACCUCCAGCUCGUGGAGAAGGACGCGGAGGCGUCGAUCGUCUGGUUCUGGAAGGCGAUCAACUCCGGGGACAGGGUGGACAGCGCGCUCAAGGACAUGGCCGUCGUCAUGAAGCAGCAGGACCGCGCCGAGGAGGCCAUCGAAGCCAUUAGGUCAUUCAGGCACCUCUGCUCCAGGCAGGCACAGGAGUCCCUAGACAACCUGCUCAUCGACCUCUACAAGAAGUGCGGAAAGGUCGAGGAGCAAAUAGAGCUGCUGAAACAGAAGCUCAAGAUGAUAUGCCUCGGCGAGGCCUUCAACGGGAAGAUCACCAAGACGGCACGCUCCCACGGCAAGAAGUUCCAGGUCUCAAUUCAGCAGGAGAUGUCCCGCAUCCUGGGCAACCUUGGCUGGGCUUACAUGCAGCAGAGCAACUACGAAGCCGCUGAACUGGUGUACCGGAAGGCCCAAACCAUCGUGCCCGACGCCAACCGGGCGUGCAACCUCGGGUUGUGCCUGAUCAAACAGGGCAGGCAUGAGGAGGCAAUGCAAGUACUAGAGGAUGUCUUGCUUCGCAGAAUCUCCGGACUGGACGAUGACAAGGCGGUCGCCCGAGCUGAGCAGCUGCUCCGUGAGCUCUGCCCGACGACCCAUGUUUCAUCUCCGUUGGAUAUCGGCUUCAGUUUCACCGAGGAGAUCGUGGAGAGACUAGACCUUGUGAUGAAUGAUUGGACGCCAUUCAGGUCGAGGAGGCUGCCAGUGUUCGAGGAGCUAGACGCAUUCAGGGACCAAAUGGCUUGUUGAUUUCUUACUUCUUCGGUUUCCUUUUUUUUUAAUCUUUUGAUUGAAGAGCAGGCGCUUGCGGUACAUAGAGGUUGGUGUGCAUGUACAUAGGGGGUGUUGUGGAAGGAUGAUACAGGUGUGAAUGAGAGAUCUGAUAGAUGGUAGAUAUCAUAAGAUAGGGUUGAUGCAAAGCGUUCCCUUGAGAACUAGUGUGGUUUUCCUUUGUGAUCUAUUCUAUAAUGAAGAAUUGCAGAUGUUCUUACA